CCAUAAACAACUAACAGUUACUGAUAUUUUGGGGUUUGACAAGAACAAAAUCAAUGUAAUUGACGUUUUUGACUUGGGGGAAUGAAGCGAGGGGAAGGAGGAAGGAGUCUCGGUAUUUGCGAAUGCCAUGGCUGUUCAGUGAAUUGUAUUUUCGGUAAUUUUAAUGAUAAAGAAUAAAUAUAUACUUAUGCAACGACUUUAAACGGCACUUAUAUUCAAUGUUAAUCUCAGUCCAACCAUUAAUUAGACAACUGUGUCUAUGUGGAAUAUAUCGUGAAGCGUAAUCUCUUGUGCGUUUAUUAUUUUAACUUAUUUUGAUUUAUUUAAUUUAGGCGUUUAUAAGUAUUAUAAAAUUAGUGUCGCAUUUAAUCUUUUCACUUUUACUGUUCGAUACGUACAAUCGCAACAAUUCUUGGAAAAGGCGUUGAAGAGAUAUUUAAAUUAAACGUAGCGGAUACGUUACGUGUGUAUUAGUAAUAAAUAUAGAUUGAACCGCAAGAUGUCCGAUGGACAUGGAGAACCUAAUCACCAGAGGAAAGACAGUGUAGCGACAGCGAACAUAGCGAGCGACAGUCCCGUGACAGACCCGGGACAGGUGAGAGGCGGCAAUGCCGAGGGAGCUGUCGGGAAGUUCGAAGGUCAGCGUGGAAAGUCAGGUGCCUUAAAGAAGUCUGCCAGAUACCGAAGCAGGUCUCUCUCAGCAUCCUCCGCAGACUCUUACAGCUCUACUUCUUAUACUGGGUCAUCAUCAGACGAGGAUGAGGGGGUCCAGCCUCACGAGAAGGCCAUCGCGGCCGGGCAGCCCAACCCGCCGUACUGCGUCCGCAACGUGGAGCAACACGCGUUCGGCAGACGGGAGAUAGAGAUCGCCGAACAGGAGAUGCCGGGGAUCAUGGCUCUGAGGGCACGAGCUAAAGACGACAAACCCUUGAAGGAUGCUAAGAUAGUAGGAUGUACACACAUAAACGCCCAGACCGCGGUGCUAAUAGAGACGCUAGCGGCGCUAGGCGCUACGGUGCGCUGGGCGGCGUGCAACAUCUAUAGCACACAGAACGAGGUGGCCGCGGCUUUAGCACAUGCAGAUUCAGGUUUCGCCAUAUUCGCGUGGCGCGGCGAGAGCGAGGAGGCGUUCUGGUGGUGCAUCGACCAGUGCUGUACACCCACCGGCACGUGGCAGCCCAACAUGAUCCUGGACGACGGUGGUGACGCCACGCAUCUGAUGCUCAAGAAACACGCCACAGCCUUCAAGCAGAUCAAAGGCAUAGUGGAGGAGAGCGUGACGGGUGUACACCGGCUGUACCAGCUCAGCAAGGCCGGCAAGCUGUGCGUGCCCGCCAUGAACGUCAACGACUCCGUGACCAAGACCAAGUUCGACAACCUCUACUCCUGCCGUGAAAGUAUAAUAGACGCGCUCAAGCGGAGUACUGAUCUGAUGUUCGGCGGCAAGCAGUCUGUGGUCUGCGGGUACGGAGAAGUGGGGAAGGGGUGCUGUCAGGCGCUCAAGGCGUUAGGAUGUGUGGUAUAUAUAACAGAAAUCGACCCCAUAUGCGCAUUGCAGGCGGCGAUGGACGGCUUUAGAGUGGUUAAAUUAAAUGAGGUAAUACGGCAAGUUGAUAUAGUUAUAACAGCGACAGGGAACAAGGGCGUAGUCACAAGGGAACACAUGGAGCGUAUGAAGAACGGCUGUGUGGUGUGCAACAUGGGACACAGCAACACAGAGAUUGACGUGCACUCGCUGCGCACGCCGGAUCUGCUGUGGGAACGAGUGCGGAGCCAGGUGGACCACAUAAUCUGGCCGAGCGGUAAACGCGUGGUGCUGCUAGCUGAGGGUCGGCUGGCGAACCUGUGCUGCUCCUCGCUGCCGUCCUUCGUGGUGUCCGUCACCGCCGCCACCCAGGCGCUCGCGCUUAUCGAGCUAUACAACGCACCCAACCACAGAUACAAGGCGGACGUGUACCUCCUACCGAAGAAGAUGGACGAGUACGUAGCGAGCCUCCACCUGCCGACGUUCGACGCGCACCUCACGGAGCUGACGGACGAGCAGGCGAAAUACCUCGGCCUCAACAAAGUCGGCCCCUUCAAACCGAACUACUAUAGAUACUAGCGUACAAGGUCGCGGAGAAACCUUAAAUAAGACACCACCGAGACGACGGACCAUAGAUUGUAGAGUGAUAUGAAAUUUAUAACACCGUAUCGAACUGCCCCGGGACAAGGCAGGCCGAAUGGAUAC